ACUCCCACUUUACACACGCAUUUCACACGCGCUCCCCGCCCUUUUUUCCUUCUUCGCUCCAAACCUUCGAUCUUUAUUUAUAUAUAAAAUAUUCAUCCAAAAUUGAAACAAAACUUUAAUUCAAAAUUUUUUUUUUUGUUUAUUUUGAUUUCGCUUUUUGUAAGCGGUCGAAUCUUUGAAAGCUUGAAAUUUGCUUUUUUGUUUUUAAUUUUAAUUUUUGCUUUUGGGUUCUCGAUUUUUCCACACAGAUCAUUCCUCGGCUCUAGGGUUUUCUCUCUGUGAUUUCAUCGGUCUUCUUCUUCUUCCUCCUCUUUCUCUUUCUCUCUCGUAGUGGCCGUUUCUUGUAUUGUUUGUUUAUUUAUUUUCCUUCUUGGCUCUGAUCAAGGCACUGGAGUUUUUUUAAUCAAUUGGUUGUUAAAAUUAGUGACUUGGUUUAGCAGUUUUUCUCUCUAUAUAGGCUUUUUAUACUAAGGAGGAAAAGCGGGGUUUGGAGAAUUGCUGUGUGACAAGAAGUGAACCUAAUGAGAUGGCGUAAGAAGUACGGAUGUCGAUGAGAUUAAAGAACUAGAUUUUUUUAUAGAUAAUGUAUAGCUAGCUCUUUUUUCUGUACGGAUUUCUUGCAAUUCUUUUAUAUACAUUUGGUGAUUAGGUGGUGUGGUGUUUGUUGGGUACAUUAGAAUGCUAUAAUAUAAGUUUGAAGAAUGGAUGAAGAACAUAUGUUGCUUCCCAGUUGGAUGGACAAGAAUCCAGCUGAAAUGGCAGCCGAUUCACGAUUCUUCAUUUUAUCUUGUGUUAUCGCUGGCCUAGUUGGUAUUUUGACUAUAGUUUAUACAGCUUUCCAGUGGAGAAGAAACAUUAACUUAAGUUGGAUGAAAGCUGUAGCUAGGUCGAAGAAAAUCCCCAAGACCAAGCAUAAGGUUCCUGUGGCUCCUCAUACUUGGGAGCUGGAGUCUGUAUCCCGUGCUAAGAAUUUAAAUUGCUGUGCUUGUUUAAAGCCAAUGUCGCCCUCUCAAACCCUAGGGCCUAUGAUAUCUUCGGAUAGUUUCAUUCACCGUUGUAGCAUCUGUGGUACAGUAGCUCACUUGAGCUGCUCUUCUAGUGCACACAAGGAUUGCAAGUGUGUAUCUAUGAUCGGCUUUGAUCAUGUGAUGCACCAGUGGGCAGUUCGAUGGGCAGAGCUUACUGAUCAACCUGAUGAAGCUUCCUUCUGUAGCUAUUGUGAAGAGCCAUGUAGCGGGUCUUUUCUUGGUGGAUCUCCUAUAUGGUGUUGCUUGUGGUGCCAACGUCUCCUACAUGUGGACUGUCAUAGUAGUAUGUCUAAUGAAACUGGUAAUAUUUGUGAUUUAGGGCAGUUUAGAAGGCUGAUUCUCUCACCUCUUUAUGUUAAGAAGUUGAGCCCUAAUUCUGGAUUUCUUAGCUCUAUCACACAUGGUGCAAAUGAGCUUGCUUCUUCAGUACGGGCAACCAUUAGGAGUCAGAGUAAGAAGCACCAGCAUAAUAGUGAAACAUCUUUUGAUGCAGGCAGUAAUGGUAACUUCUGUGACAUAUCCACAGAGUGUACUGCUGAUAGCGCAGAAAAUGUAAAUGGUUCUCAUGCAAUAGAAGAGAAUUGCAAUGGUGGAAUGAACGUAGGAACCCCACGCCAAAAUGGUGGCAUUGAUAAGAACAUGGAGAAAAAGCCUAGUUUUAAAAGAAGUGAAUCGAUUAAUCAGAAAGACGAGUCUCAAGUAUUAAGAAUGAAGCAAAAAUAUGAGCUGAUUGACCUGCCACCAGAUGCAAAACCAUUACUAGUUUUCGUCAACAAGAAGAGUGGUGCGCAGCGUGGAUAUUCCCUCAAGCUGCGUUUAAACCUUCUUUUGAACCCUGUUCAGGUUUUUGAAUUGAGUUCAACACAGGGACCAGAGAUGGGCCUUUUUUUAUUCCGAAAAGUGCUUCACUUGAGAAUACUUGUAUGUGGGGGAGAUGGUACUGUUGGAUGGGUUCUUAAUGCAAUAGACAAGCAAAAUUUCAUUUCUCCGCCUCCAGUUGCUAUUCUCCCUGCUGGAACUGGAAAUGAUAUGGCCAGGGUGCUGUCCUGGGGAGGUGGUUUGGGCGCAGUGGAGAGACAAGGAGGCCUUUGCAUGGUGUUGCAACAGAUAGAGCAUGCUGCAGUGACCAUUCUUGAUCGCUGGAAAGUAGCUAUUCUAAAUCAACAGGGGAAGCAGCUUCAAUCUCCAAAAUUUAUGAACAACUAUCUUGGGAUUGGUUGUGAUGCAAAGGUUGCUUUGGAUAUUCACAACUUAAGAGAGGAGAAUCCUGAGAAGUUCUAUAAUCAGUUUAUGAAUAAAGUGCUAUAUGCAAGAGAAGGUGCAAGGAGUAUUAUGGAUAGGACAUUUGCAGAUUUUCCUUGGCAAGUUAGAGUAGAGGUGGAUGGCGUCGAAAUAGAGGUUCCCGAGGAUGCCGAAGGUGUACUUGUUGCAAACAUUGGAAGCUACAUGGGAGGUGUAGAUCUUUGGCAGAAUGAGGAUGAGACAUAUGAUAAUUUUGAACCUCAGUCUAUGCAUGAUAAAAUACUAGAGGUUGUCAGCAUAUCUGGAACUUGGCACCUUGGAAAGCUGCAGGUGGGGCUGUCUCGUGCUCGAAGACUUGCACAGGGACGGUCGAUUAAGAUACAACUCUUUGCUGCAUUGCCUGUUCAAAUUGAUGGAGAACCUUGGUCUCAGCAGCCUUGUACAUUGUCCAUUUCGCAUCAUGGACAGGCCUUCAUGUUGAAGAGGACAGCCGAGGAAUCGCUAGGUCAUGCAGCUGCCAUAAUAACUGAUGUGCUCGAGAGUGCUGAAACAAAUCAUGUAAUUAACGCAUCUCAGAAGCGAGCUCUUCUUCAAGAAAUGGCAUUAAGGCUGACUUAAUGGCUUUCUUCUAUCACGGUACUUGCUGGUCAGUUAGUCGGUGGUUCUUGUUGCACCGAAUUUUUCUCAAAAAUGUGUUAUUUUAUAUCGAUAUAUGAUCUUUCUGCUGCUUUUUAUCUUCUUUGCCAAAGCUUCUUGUUGAAGCGCGUGUUUGUAUAUGAAUCUUUUUAAAACAUUAAUACCAAAGAAUCCCUUCAAAUAUAAAGGGAGGGUAUAAUUUUGGAAAAAAAUAGAAUCUUUUAGGAUGAAAAGGAUGAAAAUUAUGCCUUGUACGUUUUGCUGAAUAUGAGAGGUUUUAAAGUUUGACAAAUUCUAUACAAUCCAUACAUUUCAAUGUA